AUGAGUUAACCUAUAAUCUGUAUAUUAAUUUUAAAAAAUAUAAACAACACAAAAUUUAAAUUGUAACUAUAUUCAUUAAUACAAUAAAAAGUAUUGGGUAAUUAUCAAUUUGAAAUGUGCCACUAAAGUUCAUUAAUAUGAUUAAAGUUUGUUAAGACAUCAAAUUAAUGUUUAUCUAUACAACCCUCCAAGAAAUAUACUACUUUUAGUUUAGUUUUAUUUUAAUAGAAAUGUGCUCUACAAAUAACCACCUAAACAAAUGGAAUCCUUGGGAAGAUUUUUCAUUAAAUUUUAGAAGAAAAAAAUAUGCCAUUAUGGUACUGAACACCAAGAUAAAUAUCCAAGUAGACCACAGGCAUAUGAUAAAUCUUUGGACACAUGCCAAACUUAGGAUAACAGUUGAUGGUGGUACUAGUAGAUGGUUAUGCUGGCUACAAGACCACGAAUGCGACGAAUCAAAUAUUCUUCCUCCAGAUUUGAUCACUGGAGACAUGGAUUCUGUACCUGGUCAAGUGCUGGAAUAUUUUAAAGAUAAAAAUGCUAAAAUUAUUAAAACCCCUGACCAAAUGGAAACUGAUUUUACUAAAGCUUUAAGAGAAUUGAAGAAAUAUUGUGAGACUGAGAAAAUAGAGAUAGAUGAAAUAUUUGUUUUUGGUGAUACCUCCGGACGUUUCGAUCAAAUCCUAGCUAACAUUAACACCAUGUAUAAAGCAACAAGCUUCCUAGCGGAUACACAAAUUUAUCAAAUUGCUUCAAGUUCCAUAACGUGGGUACUAACCCCUGGAAGGCACCUAAUUAGUAUACCUAAAUGUUUGAGAGAAAGCAAUGAGUGGUGCGCCCUUCUUCCUAUAGGGGGACCUUGUAUAGUUAGCAGUGAGGGACUAAAGUGGAAUUUAGACAAAACUCUUCUGACCUUUAGCAGUUUAGUAAGUACCUCCAACACUUAUAGUGGGGAACCCCAUGUGUCCGUUACAACCGAUAAUUUUUUAACCUGGUCGAUGGGCAUAGAACCCUUGUUAUAGCAUGGAAUAUAAAUAAGAUUAAGGAAUAUACACAGGUAUUUGUGGAUAGUAUAAAUAGAUAUUGGCUACAUUUACAUUUUAACAAUUUUUCACGUUUUACGUUUAUUAUUAUUGUUUGUGUUAUGGGUAUUAGAAAGAUAUAAAUUUUAUAUUCAGUCUUAUUGA